AUGGAAGUCAUCGACGAUGCAGACGAUUGCUCCUCCGGUUCGGAGGCCGUUGUCGUGGAGGAGGCGCAUCAAGAGCAUGCCAAAGAGCAUGCGAGAAAGAAUGCUGACCCCAAGAGCUCCAGACACAAGCGGGAUGCGCUGCGCGAGAAGUCCAGGCAGAAGCGCGUCCAGGCGCAGUUGGAGGCCAAGCUGCAGACGAUGCCUCUGCCCCCGGGCUGGGUCCGUGUGGCUUCCAAAUCCAAGCCCGGAGCCUUCUACUACGCACACCCGGCCACGAAGCGCACUCAGGCGCACCCGCCGGCGACGAUGUACGAGGGCCUUCCCGAGCCUUCCAAAGCCCUGACGCCUGUCAGGGACAUCGUGCAGGAUGCGGCAGAUGCGGCUCGCAAGGCGGAGGCCAAGAAGAAGGAGCGUGAGGCUGAGGAGGAGAAGGCCAAACUUGCCGCAAAGGAGGAGGCGGCACGCAUGCGGCGAAAACGCGACGAGGUCCUUCGAAGAGCUGAUGAGGAGGCGAAGCAGGAGGCCGCCGCAGACGAGGAGGUCAUACGCAAGGCUCGGGAGAAGAGGGCCUUGGCUCCCAAGGAGACCUUCGAGGAGGCGCAGGCUCCGGAGCGAAAAGAGAAGCGGAAGGCCACAGGUGUUCGUUUCGACACGACGAAGGGAGCGCAGGACGCUGACGGCUCGCCCUUGGCCGGGAGCGACUCCGAGGAGCUGGACCUCUAUCGCUUGAGGGACCAGUUCCGCGCCAAGGUUGCAGCCACCUCCGCGCCGGUCUUCGAUGACUUGGAGGAGGCAGCAGAGGCGGCGCCACCGCCGCCUCCCCCACUUCCUCCUCCCCUGCCACCACCACAGAUGCCUCCAGAGAAGACCAAGAAGGAGAAGAAGCAGGAGAAGAAAGCCAUGCAGAAAGCGAUGCUUAAAUCCAUGAGCAAGGACGAGAGGAAGCAGUUUAAGAAGCUGAAGAAGAUGCAAAAGCUGCAAGCGAAAGUUGCCAAAGCCGAGAAGGCCGAAUUGGAAAACCAAGCAUGGCGGCAGCCCUUCCAGCUCGUCAUCCUCAUCCAGCUCCUCCAGCUAGCCAG